AUGUGUAACCUAAAAGAGCCUACUAUUGAUACAGAUGCUUCGAACAAAGGUUAUGUUGAUAUGCAAGAUCAAAAAUUAAGUGAACACAUAUCAACAUUGACUACUAGAAUAGAAGAUCUAAGAGAUGUAAUUCAAAAUUUACAACAAGUGAAUAUUUUGAAUGAUACAAAAAUAAAUAGGUUCCUCCAAAAUCAAGAAGAUCGUUUAAAAUUACAGGAUAUAAGAAUAGUAUCUUUUCAAGAACGAUACAAUUUAAUUGUGGAUGGUACUGUAAAUAAUGAAACCCUUCAGUUAUUUAAAAAACCACGAUGUCAGCAUCCUGAAAACGAAUUUAGAAUCCACGGUAAAUGGAAAGAAAGUAAUCUAAAAUGGUAUUUUCCUAAUACUAUAAAUGACAAUGAUAAAUAUAAUGUAUACUUAUCAAUAAUAAGAAAAGUUUUUAAAAUGUGGCAAGACGAAUCAAAUCUUAAAUUUGAAAUGGUGAACAUAUAUCAUCCUCUUCCUAACAUUACCAUAUUUUUUGCAAAACAAAAGCAUCAAUAUCGUCGAAAUUGUCAAGGCAUUGAAACUUGUCCAUAUAAUUUUGAUGGUCCUGGUAAAAUACUUGGUCAUAGUUUCUUUCCUUCUAAAGAUUCAUGCAUUGAGAUUCAUUUAGAUAUGGAAGAAAAUUGGUAUGCAGGAUUAAGUAAAUCUCCCGAAGGAUCAGUCAAUUUACUUUCAGUUUUAGCCCAUGAAGUAGGACAUGCUUUAGGAUUAGGACAUAGUGAUGUUAAAUCUGCGACAAUGUUUCCUUGGUAUCAAGAAGAAGCUAGUGAUUUAUCGGAAGAUGAUAAAAUGACGUUGGAAUCUCUUUACGGUAGACGUAGAGGUAUGCAUUAUAUGCCUAUACCAAAGAAUUUUAAACCUAUAAUAAAUAUUCCAAAAUCCAUAAACAAGCUCAAACCUGCAACAAAUACGUCAUCUGAUAAUGAAAACGUAAGCAAGAAAUAUGUCGAUAAUCAAGUUAAAGUAUUAUCAACGGAAUUUAUGAUUUUUAAGAGCAAAAAUAUUAAUGAAAGAAAUAGACACUUUAAUUUUAUGCAAAACCAAAGUCAUUACUUAUCAUUUCUAAAUGAUAAAAUUACCGAAGUCACGAAUGUAGAACAAAAUUUACAAAAAUCAAUAAGUUUAGUUUCCAUUCAAUUAAAUAAUAUUAUAAAAGAUAAUUCUGAUUAUAUGCAAAACCAAAAGAAUAUCCAGCUCCAGUCAGUUAUUAUAAUCAUGUCGAGCCAAGAAAUAUUUAGCUUUAACCAGUUUGAUGUAUCGUCUGACUCCCAGUACAAUAGUUUAUCGUCAGACUUUCCACCAUCACCGUCCCCAAAAGACAUGAAUGAGGUGAAUACUGAUGGUGAAGAUGUCGUUCCAACAACAGCAACAACCACUCAAGAAGACAACGAUGAGGAGAAGCUGCAGUAUUUGAUGAGCACCGUUAUUCCGGCAGGGGCAUUUUCGAUAGAUUGUGGCCUUAAUCCUAAGCAAUUUUUUAAUGCCGCUGUCGGAUUGAGAGAAGGAAUGAAUAGUGCUAAAUUUAAAAAAGAAUAUUUUGUUUGA